AUGGAAACAACUGGAAAAAACAUUGCAAGUCAAGGAACUGUCAAUUUCGAAGCUUACCACGAUUCGAAUGAUCAACAUUCUCAAACAACUAACAAAAAAUUGGCCAAUUACUUCGAGGGGGAGCUAGAACAACAAAGGAAUCUUUCCGAAACACCCACCAAAAAACUCCGUCUUAGCAGUAGCGGAUACUUGGAGAUCACUAUGAUACAUGCUAAAACUACUACUGUGAAGCCCGACAAAGAGAAGAACAUUGCUACUAAUAAAAGAAAGAUUGAAAACUGA